GUGUUUCUCAUGGGGUAUAAUAUCUUCACUUCUUGGUUCUUGUUCUUUCUCUUCACCCGAAAGGGUCGUAUAUUUGAUUUUGCGCUGUUUUAUGUAGCCAUUGUGCUCGUGUUGCAACGUAUUUAUUGCCUUUUUGUCCCGCAUAAGCUGCUUUCUAGUACAAGUGCCAAUUUUAAUUUGAUUAAGAUUAUGAAUAUGGAUUUGAGCGAGCGCUAUAAAGGAUGCAUACAUGAACCGAAACUUUCUUCACUUGUUAAUUUUGUGGCGUACACAAACAAUCUUACAGGCUCAUUGCCUCAGUCUCUUGGCAACUUAAGAAACUUGAGAACAUUUCGAGCUGGUCAGAAUGAAAUCUCUGGAAGCUUACCAACAGGGAUUGGUUAUUGUCAAAGCCUGGAAACUCUUGGUCUUGCUCAAAAUAGAAUAGAAGGUAAUCUACCUAAAGAGCUUGGCAUGCUCAAGAGCUUAAGAGAAGUGAUUCUAUGGGAGAACCAGUUUUCUGGAUUUAUACCUAAGGAACUUGGAAAUUGUACGAAUCUUGAGAUGCUUGCUUUGUACCAGAACAAUCUUGCCGGCGGGAUUCCUGCCGAACUUGGGAACCUUAAGUCUAUGCAAAGGUUAUACCUAUACCGGAAUGGAUUAAAUGGAACAAUUCCAAGGGAGAUUGGGAAUCUUACUCAGGCACUUGAAAUUGAUUUCUCGGAGAACUAUUUGUCAGGAGAAAUUCCAACUGAGUUAACUCAGAUAAAGAGUCUAAAUUUACUAUACUUGUUCCAGAAUGAGCUUACUGGGGUUAUCCCAAAUGAGCUUAGUAGCUUGAAGAAAUUGAUGAGGUUAGACUUGUCGAUUAAUCGCUUGACAGGCCCAAUUCCAUUUGGCUUUCAGUAUCUUACUGAACUAUAUCAUUUACUGCUUUUCUCUAAUUCUUUGAGUGGUAGCAUACCUCAACGUUUUGGGCUUUACAGUCGACUUUGGGUAGUUGAUUUUUCCGAAAAUGACCUCACUGGAAGAAUUCCUCCUCACCUUUGUCGGCAUUCUAACUUGAUGUUGCUGAAUCUUGAGUCUAAUAAAUUGUAUGGAAACAUCCCGCCUGGUGUCAUUAAUUGCAUAUCUUUGCAACAACUUCGUCUCAGUGGUAACAGACUGGCUGGGACCUUUCCUUCUGAUUUAUGCAAAUUGCCAAAACUUGCUGCUAUUGAAUUGGGUCAGAACAAGCUCAGUGGUCCAAUGCCUCAUGAGGUCGGGGAGUGCCAAAAGUUGCAAAGGCUUGAUCUCUCAGGAAAUCAAUUCACAUCUGAGUUGCCGAAGGAGAUAGGAAAUCUAUCCCAGCUUGUCUCUUUUAAUGUUUCAUCAAACUCGUUCACUGGGCGGAUCCCACCGGAAAUUUUUCACUGCAAGGCUCUGCAAAGGCUUGAUCUUAGCCAAAACAGCUUCAUCGAUGCUAUACCAAAGGAGCUAGGGACACUUUCACUUCUUGAACGUCUUAUUGUUUCAGAAAAUAUGUUUUCUGGAAAUAUUCCAGCAGCAUUGGGCAAUCUUUCACAUUUGACCGAGUUGCAGAUGGGUGGAAAUUUAUUAUCCGGUGAGAUACCAAAGGAGUUGGGUGAUCUUGCAGGCCUGCAAAUUGCAUUGAAUCUUAGUUGUAACAACUUAACUGGGAGAAUACCACCUGAGCUUGGAAACCUUAUCUUAUUAGAAUCUCUCUUGCUCAACAACAAUCAUUUGAGCGGUGAAAUUCCUGGCACAUUUGUAAAUCUGUCUAGCUUAUUGGGCUGCAACUUCUCAUAUAACGACUUAACUGGGCCAUUGCCUUCUGUACAGUUGUUUCAGACCAUGAGUAUCAGUAGCUUCAUUGGAAACAAAGGGCUUUGUGGUGGGCUGCUUGGUAAUUGUAGUGGGUCUACAUCUUUUGACACAAUUCCUCCUCGUGUGAGAAGGUCAGAUGCUCCUCAAGGAAAGGUCAUCAUUUUGGUUGCAGCUGUGAUUGGUGGAGUUUCUCUUGUUCUAAUUGUAGUUAUUCUGUAUCUUAUGAAGCGUCAUCCAGUCGAGAUGGCUGCGUCAUUGCAAGAAGAAAAUGGCACAUCAUCCCCAGAUUCUGAUAUUUAUUUUCGUCCAAAAGAGGGGUUCACUUUUCAGGACCUCGUUGAGGCCACAAACAAUUUUAAUGAUAAUUAUAUUAUUGGAAGGGGAGGAGUUGGGACAGUCUAUAAAGCAGUUUUGCCAUCCACUCAAAUAAUUGCAGUCAAGAAGCUGGCAUCUAAUAGGGAGGGUAAUAACAUAGAGAACAGCUUUCGAGCUGAGAUUUUAACUCUUGGAAACAUUAGGCAUCGUAACAUUGUAAAGUUAUUUGGCUUUUGCUAUCACCAAGGUUCCAAUCUCCUUCUUUAUGAGUACAUGGCAAGGGGUAGCUUGGGUGAAUUUCUUUAUGGGGAAUCUUGUGACCUAGACUGGCCAACACGGUUCUCAAUUGCUCUUGGAGCUGCUGAAGGCCUAGCUUAUUUACAUCAUGACUGCAGACCAAAGAUCAUCCAUCGUGAUAUAAAGCCUAAUAAUAUUCUUCUUGAUGACAAGUUUGAAGCUCAUGUUGGUGAUUUUGGUUUGGCAAAAGUGAUUGACAUGCCUCAGUCGAAGUCAAUGUCUGCAGUUGCUGGAUCAUAUGGUUACAUAGCCCCCGAAUAUGCGUACACCAUGAAAGUUACAGAAAAAUGUGAUAUUUACAGCUACGGCGUGGUCCUCUUGGAGUUGCUAACUGGAAAAAUGCCCGUACAGCCUCUAGAACAAGGAGGUGAUCUUGUCACAUGGGUGAGGAAUUAUAUUCGGGAGCAUUCUUUGUCAACUGGGAUACUUGAUAGCCGUUUGAAUCUGAAAGAUGAAAGAACUACUAAUCACAUGAUUAGUGUAUUAAAAAUUGCUUUGUUGUGCACAAGCAUGUCACCCUUCGAUCGGCCAACGAUGAGGCAGGUUGUUCUAAUGCUGAUGGAAUCAAACGACAGAGAAGGAAAUGUCAUUUCACCACCAGAUCACGAGCUUUCUCCAGAACAUGAUGCCUUGUGAAUGUACGUAUUGCUUUUCUUUUGCUUUAACUGUAAUGAAUCUUUUGGGGGCAGAUUCUUCCCUUUAUUACUUACCAAGGUUAAUUCAUAGAAAUUUGUGUACAUUUAUUGAAAUAAAUUAUUGUUAUUCAUAAUC